AUGCUUUUCUCUUCAUCAAACAUUCUUUCUUUCUUUCUUUCUUUCUAUGUCCGUUCCUACCUGUCGAUAUCAUUUAUCCAUAUCUAUCUAUCUAUCUAUCUAUCUAUCUAUCUAUCUCAACCUGCCCAUAUCUAUCUAUCUAUCUCAACCUGCCCAUAUUCAUUCAUCUAUCUAUCUAUCUAUCUAUCUAUCUAUCUAUCUAUCUAUCUAUCUAUCUCAACCUGCCCAUAUCUAUCUAUCUAUCUAUCUAUCUAUCUAUCUAUCUAUCUAUCUAUCUAUCUGUUACGGAAGUCCACUUUGGCUAUCUUCUUUCUUGAUUAUUUUCCGGGUUUUUCUUUCUUAUUUUUUAAAUACUUUAUUCUCGCUGUCGCUUUCUUUUUUUUAUUGAAUUUCUUCUCUUUCAAAGAAACAUUUUCAUUUUGUCAAAUUUCUGAAAUCUAUCUAUCUAUCUAUCUAUCUAUCUAUCUAUCUAUCUAUCUAUCUAUCUAUCUAUCUAUCUAUCUAUCUAUCGUCAUUCUCUUUGAUUUCCAAUCGUGUCUCAUAUUGUUGCUUGGCAACCCAUUUAGGAGAAGGAAAAAUCCGAACAACAACCCGCAACUCAAGGUGUUAAUCGUGCCGAGGAGUGAAUGGCUACUGCGUUAUGAGGUCGCGAACGAUCCCCUACAGGCUUCGGAACCCUGUCUGUAA